CUUUCCCAUACAGCUUUCAAGCUUGGACUCUUUACGACUUUCUUUCACUUCACUCCCUCCUCACUCAUCUUGCAAGUUUUCAUUUAAUAAUAAUACCCAAAACCACCGUCAUCAUCAUCGUCCCGUUUCAAUUCCUGCACAAAAUCUUAGAGACACAAAGUGGGUGAAUUUCCAAGAGUAUAAAGAGGAAUCACUCCUGCACAGGCAAGAUCAAACACAGUUGAAGGCAUAAAGUGGAUUCCUUUUCAUGUAGAGAUUUGGUGAAACCUGAAGAUUUAUGAUACUGCAGUGCUGAUUUGAUGCUCAAAGUGGGAGUUUUGCAGUGAUGCGUCCAAUUCCAGUCCUGACUCAUGGGUACCUUUCCUGGUGCAUUCUUGUUGGACAUAUCUUUGUAAUUGUGGUUUCUAUGAAUUCGGGGGGAUAUGAAAGUAGAAAUUCCAGUGGUUCUGAAAUUAGGAGUUGGAAUUAUAUAGAAAGAUGGGGUUAUCCAGAAUUAUCAUACAAUGAGGUCACUUGUGAAGGCCUGGGAGGUGUGGGGUCAUUUGACACUACAUGUCUGGUGAACUCAGAUGUUAAUUUAAGUGGUGAUGUUUAUAUAUUGGCUAGUGGAAAUAUCGAGAUCCUUCCACAUGUUAUGAUUGUUUGUCCCAUAGAAGGUUGUGUCAUUAGCUUCAAUCUGUCUGGCAACAUCAAAGUGGGACAAAACUCAGCUAUCAUUGCUGGGUCUGUUAUUUUGUCUGCAGCUAAUAUGAGUAUGGAGUCUAAUUCAAUGAUAAACACGACGGGUAUGGGUGGAACACCGCCUUCUCAGACUAGUGGGACUCCGGUAGGGUAUGAUGGUGCUGGUGGAGGGCAUGGUGGGCGAGGGGCUUCUUGUUUAAGGAACAAUGAAACAAAGUAUUGGGGUGGUGAUGUUUAUGCUUGGUCUACGUUGCCUUAUCCAUGGAGUUAUGGGAGCAAGGGUGGUGGGACAUCAGAUGAACAUAAGCUUGGAGGGAAUGGUGGUGGACGUGUUAAGCUUAUUGUGAAGGAUCUUUUGUAUAUGAAUGGAUCUCUACUGGCCGAAGGAGGUGAUGGAGGAGUAAAUGGUGGAGGUGGAUCUGGUGGAAGCAUUGUCAUACGUGCUCUAAAACUGAAGGGAUUUGGUAUUGUAAGUGCAUCUGGCGGAACUGGGUGGGGUGGUGGAGGAGGAGGACGAAUUUCUCUCGACUGUCACAGCAAGCAAGAAGACAUAAAAGUUGAAGUCCAUGGUGGUAAGAGCAUCGGAUGUCCAAUGAAUGGUGGAGCAGCGGGUACAUGUUUUGAUGCAUAUCUACUGAGCUUAAGAGUUGACAAUGACAAUGUCACUACAGAAACAGAAACUCCUUUACUUGAUUUCUCCACUGCCCCACUUUGGACCAAUGUUUACAUUGAAAAUGAUGCAAAAGUUUUGGUGCCCCUACGUUGGAGCAGAGUCCAGGUUAGAGGCCAAAUCAAACUAGAGUGUGGUGGCAGCAUCAUCUUUGGGUUGUCUGACUAUCCAGUGUCUGAGUUUGAGCUUGUUGCUGAAGAACUUCUUAUGAGUGAUUCCACCAUAAAGGUGUAUGGUGCACUUAGAGCUACAUUCAAAAUGGUGCUGAUGUGGAACGCCCAAAUUCAAGUUGAUGGUGGUGGAAGCACACUUUACACUAUUUCAGUCCUUGAAGUUCGUAACCUAAUUGUUCUGAGGGAAAACUCGAGCAUAAACUCAAAUACAAAUUUGGCUGUUUAUGGUCAAGGACUUCUGAGAUUGACUGGCGAGGGUGAUGCAAUCAGAGCACAAAGACUUUCCCUUUCGCUAUUCUAUAACAUAACAAUUGGGCCAGGUUCUUUGCUUGAAGCCCCGUUAGAAGAUGAUAAGAGCAAAACCAUGGUAACCAAAGCCCAUUGUGAGAAUCCUUCAUGCCCAAGAGAUUUGAUUUACCCACCCGAUGAUUGUCAUGUUAAUGACACACUUUCCUUUUCACUACAAAUUUGCCGUGUUGAAGACAUAGUUGUGAACGGCAUAAUUAAGGGAAGUAUCAUUCAGAUCCAUAGGGCAAGGACUGUGAUGGUGGAUCUAGAUGGCAUGAUAACUGCUUCCGAAUUAGGUUGUCGAAAUGGUUUUGGUUUGGGAAACUAUUCAAAUGGAGCGGGUGGUGGUGCUGGGCAUGGAGGCAGAGGGGGUACUGGAUUGUAUCAUGGAAGGCUGAGUGAAGGUGGCACCACAUAUGGCAGACCAGAUCUUCCCUGUGAAUUGGGAAGUGGAACACUUGGUCCUAACGAGUCUGUUGGUCGUGUUGCUGGAGGAGGAAUGAUCGUGAUGGGAUCUAAACAAUGGCCUCUUUCAAAGCUUGACAUAUAUGGAUCCAUGAGGGCUGAUGGUGAAAGUUAUGGGAACGCAACAACAAACAGUAAUGGUACUCUUAUUGGAGGAUUAGGCGGUGGUUCUGGCGGAACAAUUCUUCUUUUCAUACAAGCAAUUUCUCUCUUUGAUAACUCCUCUUUGUCUGUUGCCGGAGGCCAUGGUGUCCCUGUUGGUGGUGGUGGUGGAGGUGGCGGCAGAGUUCAUUUCCACUGGUCCAAAAUUGGCACAGGAGAUGACUAUGUUCCUCUUGCAAUCAUAAAUACUACUAUCAGCACCUGGGGUGGUGAAGGGGAUGGAGAGGCUCUUCCAGGGGAGGAUGGUACAAUAACUGGAAGGGAGUGCCCUAAAGGGCUUUAUGGUACAUUCUGCGAGGAGUGUCCAGUUGGCACUUUUAAAGAUGUGGAAGGGUCCGAUGAUGAUCUUUGUACUCCUUGUUCCCUUGAAAAUCUUCCCAGACGUGCAUAUUUUGUACAUGUUCGAGGUGGAGUGUCGGAGUCCUUUUGUCCUUACAAAUGCAGAUCAGAAAAGUACAGGAUGCCAAAUUGCUAUACACCUCUUGAAGAGCUGAUAUACACAUUUGGAGGACCCUGGCCUUUUGCUCUUGUGUUGUCAUGUGUUGUGGUUCUUCUUGGUUUGUUCUUAAGUACGCUUAGGGUCAAACUUGUUGGACAAGCUUGUGCAUACAACAAAGUUGAUUCAAUGGAACACAGUAAUCACCACCAUUUUCCUUCUCUUCUUUCCCUAUCCCAGGUACGAGGAACAAGAGGCGAUGAAACUCAAAGCCAUGUGUACCGGAUGUACUUUAUGGGCCCCAAUACAUUUAGAGAACCCUGGCAUCUUCCUUAUUCCCCUCCUGAUGCCAUCAUUGAUAUUGUGUAUGAGGAUUCGUUUAACAGAUUUAUUGAUGAGAUAAACUCAGUGGCUGCAUACGACUGGUGGGAAGGAUCAGUGCACAGUAUACUUUCAUUGCUUGCUUAUCCUUGUGGCUGGUCUUGGAAACAAUGGCGUAGAAGAUAUAAAAUCAAUCGGCUUCAGGAGUUUGUUAAGUCAGAAUAUGAUCAUUCUUGUCUUCGCUCCUGCCGAUCAAGAGCCUUAUACAAAGGGAUGAAGGUAGGUGCGACACCAGAUCUAGUGGUGGCGUAUAUUGAUUUCUUCCUGGGUGGGGAUGAGAAGCGUUUAGACAUGGUGACAAGUAUCCAGAAAAGGUUCCCAAUGUGCAUACUUUUUGGUGGAGCUGGAACCUACAUGUCGCCUUACAAUCUCCACAGCGAUACUUUGCUCACAAAUCUUAUAGGACAGCAUGUUCCCUCAAGUGUUUGGAAUCGGCUGGUAGCGGGUUUAAAUGGGCAAUUGAGAAGUGUGAGAAGUGGAUCGAUAAGGUCUGCUUUAGUUGCGGUUAUUAAUUGGAUCAAAACUCAUGGGAACCCUCAGCUUGAGUUUCAUGGGGUCAGAAUUGAGCUCGGAUGGUUUCAAGCCACUGCUACCGGUUUCUAUCAGUUGGGGAUUUUGGUAAUGGUUGGUGAUCACACCCUCCACCACCACCCUACUGAUUUCAUUGGAAAUAUUCAAGAAUCCCCCAGGCCGCCUAUUGUGACUAAGCAGCUGCAACCCAGUCAGUCAUAUACGAGUCAUGUGUUGACUCGCAAAAGAGUUGCAGGCGGAGUUAAUGGUGGCAUCAUCAAUGAUAUUUCCUUGAAGUCCUUGGAAUUUACCCGCGAUUAUUUCUUUCCAUUUUCUUUAUUUCUCCACAACACAAGACCUACUGGACGCCAGGAUACAUUACAGUUAAUGAUAUGCAUGUUGCUUCUGUUGGACCUCUCUCUGACACUCCUUAUAUUGCUUGAAUUCUAUUGGAUAUCUCUCGGGGCAUUUCUAGCAGUUUUGCUUAUUCUCCCUCUAUCAUUGCUUUCACCUUUCCCUGCGGGUUUGAAUGCCUUGUUUAGUAAGGGUCAUAGAAGGGCUUCACUUGCACGUAUAUAUGCACUAUGGAACGCUACCUCUAUUUCAAAUAUUGCUGUGGCAUUCACAUGUGGCAUGAUUCAUUAUGGAUUUUUGUCAUUCCAGACCUAUCAAGAGCCAAAUGCAUGGAAAAACAGGAGUGAGGACGAUGACUGGUGGUUGUUGCCAAUGCUGCUGAUGGUGUUGAAGGUGAUUCAAGCGCGGUUUGUUGACUGGCACAUAGCAAACUUAGAAAUUGAAGAUUUUUCCCUCUUUUGUCCUGAUCCCGAUACCUUUUGGGCAUAUGAGACAACUUUAUGACAAUAUUUGCAGCUUUUUCAGAUAGUGGGCGCUACUUCUGAUAAAUUUCCAUGGUAGCUAAGCUUCUUUGAUGUAUAUACGUGUAGAAAGGUGGUGGUAUAAGUAUAUUUGUGUACAUUUGUUUGGCUUAUUUGGUGAGUAGUAAAUCUUGCAGAUAGAUAUAGGUUGAUGGUAUAUAUAGACUAUAGAGAUAAGAGACUAAAACCAAAGGAUCUUAGUUGACCUCUUCACUCUUCAGGUUUUUAUCUUAUACCGGUGAGAAUGUAAGAUUAUGUUUUUCAGCUUAUUUUUGCUAAAUGCUCUUGGUAUCUUUUAAAUUA